CUGGAUGGUGUGCUUCCUUUAUGAAAAUUGUUACAUUGGUGUCAGAAGUGGGAUGACGACCCCUACUGAACGGGAGGAGAAAGCUGCAACUGAUGCCCUGGCGAUGAUGAGUUUCCUGCCAAGACGGCUCUUCGACAGCGUGCUCGCCCAUUGCCACCUGCUGGGCCCAGCAGACGGAGCCAGCCUGCAGCGUGACCGUGACGAAGAGAUCCGCCCCCGGCAACAGGAGGAAACGAACCGGGCUGAUGGCAGCAUCCCGCCACUUGAACCCGCUCCACACAGGAGCGAUGGAAAUCGGCUGGUCCCCGGUGCGUCAGCGGCGGUAGAAGGGCGCCCCAGCGUAAAGUUGCCCCACUACAAUGGCGAAAGGCCGCUGGCGACAUACCUGGUACAGAUCCGGCUGGCAGCCGAGCUGAAUGGCUGGUCGGCGGAGAGAACGGGCGUACAGGUGGCGUUGGCUCUGGAGGGGGAAGCGGUACAAGUAUUAGAAGACCUGCCACCGGCGGAGCAAGUAAGCUGGACCGCAAUCGAAGCAGCUCUGCAACGACGAUUCGGCCAGAGAAUCUUCAUCAGCGAUGCCAGAGAACAACUCGCUUCCAGACGGCGACACAAGGACGAGAGACUGGGCAAGUUUGCGGCUGACCUGCAGCUGUAUGCCCGGCGGGGCUACCCAACGUACAGCCAGGGUCUACAUGAAGAGAUGGCACUGGAAGCGUUCGUGCGAGGCAUCCACCCAGAGCGGCUAAAAGAACACCUUCGCCUGAGCGCCCCCAGCUCGCUGUCCGCGGCCUUCGUGGAAGCCAAACGGGUGGAAAACAUCUUCCGCACAACAGAGUCGAGGCAUUGCGUACGCCAGACAUCAAUGGAGGAAGACGAGGAGGAACUGGAGGUGACGCGGCAGACCACCACAGCCACACAACGCCCACGCUGA